GAGGUUGUGCAGAGUUGCAAAGAAGAAAAAAAGAAGAGGCAAGAAACAAAAAAAAGAGUGUGAAGGCAUGGCAGCGUAAAGACUGGAAUUUACUUACAACUGCUACAUUGCAAUGGAGGUGCACAGAGAAGCACUGGUAUCUGGGUUUAUGAACAAUGGUGGGAAGGCUUUUGCACACCAUUAGCUUUUACAAUCAACUCGCAAAAAUAAGCUGAAACAGAAUCCGGGUUAAAACAGCAUGGUGUGGUAAUGAUGCAGUGGUCAUCCGAGUGGGCGGAGCAACACUAUGAUGUCUCCUCCACCACAUCUCCACCAGUUCAUCCUAAGCCCCUCCCAUUUCCUCAGCCUAGUCGUCCUGCGUUCUCUGGCUACAAUGAUGACAUCAGUGCACUCAGUGCCUCCAGCUUACUAAAGCGCUACGCCGAGAGGUACUCAUUCAACUCGGCCCUACCAGAACAUGGGAGUUUCCUGAGAAGUGAGCAGCCCCAGGAGCCAUGGCCGGGGGGGUACAGCACAGAGGGGCCUGCUGGUUUAGACCCGCUGAAGGGGAGCGGAAGUGAUCUCUCAGAGCCACAAUACAGCAGUGCUCCCACUCAAGAUUACCCUUCAUCCUACAGCAGUCAGCAUCUGCUGCCCAAACCAUCCUAUCUUCCAUCACCAGCGUUUGCCUUGCCAUCUGCAUACCUGCCCCCUGCACCAGGCUACGCUUAUCCCCAGCAGUGUUACCCCCACAACACCCCAUCUCUCCUGCCCUCAGGUCUGCACACCCCUACACCUCUCCAUGGGGCGGCUGAACUCCCUCGAAACCGGAAGAUCGGCUUCGACCAGUCCAAAACUGCCAGAGUGUCACCUUACACAAUCAGGGAUAAGAGUGAACGGCAGAAUGGUGACAGCGGUGGAAGUGUCAACGAAAGCUGUGGGACGGACAUCCAGAGCUAUAGGCCAGAGAGACUUUCCACUCAGCCCAAUCUCGAGGCAGAUGCUGAGGGUAAGAGCAGUCACCUGCGGCCUCUGGACACACGCUCUUAUGGAGGUCCAGGACAAUAUACGUAUCCCUGAGUCUACUUGAUGUAGCCAGUCGAUACUUUUUUUUUUAUAUGUUUAUAGCAAUACUUGAAUGUAUCAGACAUCAGGACGAAUGUUACUGUGGUACUCUAUAAAAACAUAGCAAAAUCAAUUCCAUAAAAAGAGCCAUUUUUCAUUCCCCAAAGAACCUGUCAGUGAACAGUACUCAGUUCUGUAAAGAACCAUUUUUAUGUGAGGAACAUUGACAAAAUCUAAUGAACCAAUAGAAAGUUUCCAUGGAUGUACAACAAAAAUUUAAAUUGUGUCAUUAUUUAAGGCCCAGGUAUACUUCAAACAAAAUCAAUUAAAUAAAGUGACGAAAUUUCAAACAAAAUCCAGCCAAUUGAAAGUUAUUUUGAGUACAUUUUGGAAGUUUGAAGCAGCUGACCAAAGCAAACUUUUGGGGGAGUUCGUUUUAGCUCCUUUUUAACUCGUUUUAAACACCUUUAAGCUCCCAUUGGUCCAUGACGAUUAUGCAAUCGGUGGCUGUAACUCCGCCUCCUUUAAUUAAAACUGAAGAACAUCUGAAACAACAACAAUGAAUACACUGAACAUUUUAAUUGGUCUGAGACCAGACGAGAAGUCCACCUUGUCACACCACAUCUUUUUCAUGAGUUUGCGCACACCAGAGGCAAAUUAAAAAAAAAUAAUAAUAAUAAUAAUUCCUUACAAUUAUAUAACGUUUUUCUAAACACUUAAAGCGCUUUACACAUUUUUGGGGGCAAUCUCCUUAUCCACCACUAGUGUGCAGCAUCCUCCUGGAUGACAAGACAGCAGCCUUAUUGCACCAGACCGCACACCACACACUAGCUGAUUGGUGGAGAGGAGACAGAGUGAUAUGAGGAUGGUUAGGAGGCCAUGAUGGACAAAGGCCAGUGGGCAAAUUUGGACAGGAUAUCAGGGUUAAACCCCUGCUCUUUUUCGAAGGACAUCCUGGGAUUUUUAAACAACCGCAGAGAGUCAGGACCUCGGUUUAACAUGUCAUCCGAAAGACAUUGCGCAAUGAGCAGUAUAGAUUCCCCAUCAAUAUACUGGGGCAUUAGGACCCACACAGACUGCAGGUUGAGCACCCCCUGCUGGCCUCACUUACACCACUUCCGGCAGCAACCUAGCUUUUCCAUAUGGUCUGACAUCCAGGUACUGACCGGGCACUGCCCUGCUUAGCUUCAGUGGGUGACCAUGUGAGAGUUGCAGAGAGCUAGCUGCCAGAAAACUGUGUUAAAAUGUGAUGCGCUUCUUGUGUAGAAGGCUGUUUGCUAGAUGCUUAUGAAACCAUUCUUCUCUCUCAGCUACCAUUGUAUUUAGGGGUAAAUGCGAGCAGCGUGACACAUUUACAACACCACCCACUACAGCCAGGGGUGUCGGAAGGUUUAAAGCAAUAUUUCCUCAAUCAGCCUUCAAUGAUAUAAAAUGAUAUAGAACAUCGUUUGAAGAAAUCAGGGUCUUAAUUCACCUUUCACUUGUUUCAAACAUGUUUAAGUUUCUUUCUUCAUGUGAACACAAAAGAAUAUAUUUUGAAGAAUUUCGUAAACUCGUAGCCAAAUAUGGAAGUCAAUGGCUACUGGUUUACAACAUUCUUCAAAAUAUAUUCUUUGCAUUCGUGAGGGUAAUUCAAUGGUGAUAAAUUUUCCAUUUUUGGGGGGUGAACUAUUGCUUUAGUAAAGUGUUCUUCCGGAAACAUGCUAUUAAACAACCUUUUUAAGAGUUUAUGAAACUUCAGAUUGGGAAGAUUUACUGAUGUCUCUUUUAUCAACAUUUUCAUUAUUCCUUACUGCCACUUUAACAGGACCUGUGGCACAGAUACUCUUUUGUAUCCUUUUUUUUAAUUCUCUUCCUUUCCUCUUUAUGUCUCUCUAUAAUUAUGCUGUGCAGUGAAGCACGUUAUGGUGGCAGGCACUAAUCCACCGCUUCAAUCAAUAAAAUCCAAGCCAAAGGAAGACUGAAAGAGAGGAAAGGAAAAGGAAGAAGAAAUAACGAACAAAAAAAUGAAGCUGCGUUAAAGCACACAUUUGAAAGUUUCAUAUGUCACAUGUGUAAUAUAUGGUUCUCAUUCUAUUUGUUAGUAUGUCAGUGGUGAUAGUCAUGGAUAUUCUCCAACACUGAAGUCUGUGAGCUAAAAACACUCAUAUUUUAGGAAUAUUGUGUAAAAUUCCUCUAUAAACUUUGAAUGUAAAGCCGAGGAAUUCCUCAGGAAUUGUGAAUGAAGCCAUACUUUAUGUGUAUCUUAUACAAAUUUUAAGUUUUCAAUGUCUAGUUAAUGUAGUUUUUUUGUUAUUGCCAUGUCUGUCAUUAAAAUGAAACGUAUUUGUAACCUUACAGACAGUAUUUCAAUGAUUAAACAAUGACGUACCAUAUUUUUACAGAACGCAUAAUCCUAGCUUUCACAGGGCUGCUGCAAAAAAAGGCUAAAGGGAUUUUUUGCAGUCUUUUCCACUAUUCAGCUAUUGUGCGGUUUACUAUGGGAACCCGCAGAGCAGUCCCAGCCCCCUGAGUUGAUCACUGGAUGUGUUUUCCUCUGACCCUCUGACCUUUCUCUGUUUUAAAUGAGGCACGCAAAAGAAUAGAGAGCUUUUGUUAUGGUGAGGCACGCUGGACAUACACUGAAAUGUACAAACUGAAAUGAAAAUGACAGUUUAGUUAAUAUUUAAUUUUGAUAAAUGUAAAUUGUAACACUCACAAAUGCAAUACAUGGGACAAAAUCAUGUUACUUAACAAUACGUUCUACCUCACGGUUACAAUUCUGAAUGUACAAAGUAUGCAAUUGUGUAUUACAUGUUUAAAUGUCUACCUCAAGAAAAAAAAAUACACAAAAUAAAAUCUA